AAGAAAGAUCCGGAGAGGAGAGGAAAUCGCCACAGGUUCCUUUAUCCAGGUGCUGUCAUGGCACCAGACGAUGGCACCGACUGGCUGCUCCAGUUGCUGUCUGAGAUCCAGCUGGAGCAGUUUUACGGCAAAAUCCGCAACGAGCUUCACGUCACCCGCCCAGGACAUUUCGAUUAUGUCAAGCCCUCGGAUCUGGAACGCAUUGGCAUGGGGCGCCCAGGACAGAGACGGCUGGAGGAAGCCUUGAAGCGGAGGAAACCUCAAGGGCAGCGCCCCAUGUCCUGGGUCUAUAAGAUGUUCACUGGGACGAGGGUCCCGGAAAGCGACGAAGCCCCCAGCCCCGCCCAGCCCUGCCCGACCCCCAGGGCCGACGCCGACGCCGACGCCUCUCUCAAGUGCCUGAUCAGCGAGUGGGACCUUCGCAUCCGGGAGCGGCUGGGGGACGGCUGCUUUGGGGUCGUGCAUCGUGCAGAGUGGAGCACUCCCGGCGGGGGUCUGAAACCCGUCGCCGUCAAAUCCCUGCGCUCCGACGUCUCCUGUGACCCGGGCGCCCUGAUCGAUUUCCUCAACGAGGUCAACGCCAUGUGCUGCUUGAACCACCCCAACCUCCUCCGCCUCCAUGGGGUGGUCCUAACUCAGCCCCUCAAGAUGGUGACUGAGCUGGCCCCCCUGGGCGCCCUCUACGACCGCCUCCGGCCUCCCUUCCCUCUCCACCAGCUCUGGAGCUACGCCCUGCAAGUCGCCAAGGGAAUGUCCUACCUCGAGUCCAAGCUCUUUGUCCACCGCGACCUGGCCGCUCGCAACAUCCUCCUGGCCUCCGAGGAGACGGUCAAGAUUGGCGACUUCGGGCUCAUGAGGCCGCUGUCCAGCAAGAGCGAUCGCUACAUCAUGUCUGCGCACCGCCGCAUCCCUUUCGCCUGGUGCGCCCCCGAGAGCUUGCGCAUGGGGGUCUUCACCAGCGCCUCCGACGUGUGGAUGUUCGGGGUCACCCUCUGGGAAAUGUUCUCUUACUGCGAAGAACCUUGGAUGGGAUACUCCGGGCGGCAGAUCAUGCUGAAGAUUGACAGGGAAGGAAGGCGGCUGGAGCGGCCCGACGACUGCCCCCGAGAAAUCCAUGCCCUGGCGAUGAAAUGCUGGGCCCACAGCCCCGAGGAGAGACCCCGCUUCCGGGAGAUUGUCGGCCUGCUGCAAGAGCUCCGUCCCAAGGAAGUGAAGGCUUCCCAGGAUCUCAACGAACCUGGCUGGCUGCGUCUGGAGGCGAACGAUGGCAUCACGGUGAUCGAAGGCAGCCCCGACUCCUCAACGUGGCGAGGCCAGAACAGGCGGACGCUGAGAGUGGGCAUCUUCCCGUCGUCCGUAGCGAAGUCGGAGGACGAAGCGCCCCCUGCUGGCACGCCGCAGAUCAGCCUCCCCAUCCGAAGCUCCUUCGUGCACCUGGGCCACGGGGACAUAGACCCCGAGCGUGGAUGGGGGGCUCCGGACCGGAUAGAGGAGAAGAAACUGAAAGCGCGGCCGGUGACCUCCAACCCCCAGAAUCGAGCUGGGGGCAAGCAGCUGCUGCAGCUGGCCCGUCUCUCCAAGAGCCUGGAGUCUCUUUCGGACUUCAGCGUUCUCCGCACCAAACCCCGGCUCCCAGCCUUCAAGCCGGACCCUCCCAGCAUCCCUCCCCAUCAACGCCGUUUCAGCGAUCUCCCGGGACCUCUGCCCCCUCCGGCGCAGCAGCUGGAGCAACGGGGUCGGAAGCCUUUGUCCCGCCUGCCGAAUCCGGCCCUGCCCUCCUGGGCCCUGCCCAAGCCCGACGGCCCUCCUCCGGGUGCCAGGGAGAAGGAGGAGCGGCCGCCCAGACCACCACCCCCGAAAGGGGUGCUGCCCCCAGCCCCCUCUGGCGGGCAGAGGCCAACCUUGGCGGAGAUUGAGAAGAAGAUCAAGGAGGUGGAAGACAGGGUCCACGGCGCCACGACAGAGGAAUGCCACGAAGCCCUGAGGGCGAGCGGCUGGGAUGUUCAGAAAGCCAGCCAGUUGCUGAAGGUGAACCAGCUCUUCCACAUGAGCUCUCACUCCCGGGAAGAGUGCCGGUGGAUCCUUGAAAAACACCGCUGGAACCUAGCCAUGGCCUCACGCUAUGUGCUCAGCCGGGGGCUGCGGACCUGACCUGCGUUUUGCGGAAGGUGGGAGGGUGUGAAAUCCUUCCGAGACGGAACAAAAACGUGCCUCCAUUUUACGUCUUCCGCCUCUGAGCGGCGAAGCUCAUCGUAAACGCAUAGCGAGGCCAACGCAUCUCCCUUGGGUGGCGACUCUCGGCUGACCCGCCGUGGGGCUUCAGGGGGACUCUGUGCGGCCCCC